AUAAAAAGAAACGAAUGACAUCUGUCUUUCUUGCAAGGAAGCUGAGGCGGACUCCUCUUUCUUCUUCAUCCUCGAGUCUAGUGAGCCAUCAACAUCUCCUUUUUUUAAAAGUCUUGUAAUCUGCUGCACUCCACUGAACUUCACUUUUGGGCUCCCUCAGUUUUCACACUUUCAAAAAGGUUUCAUUUCAUAUGCACCAUUUUUGUUUUCAUUUUUGCUUUUGAGUAUGUGAGAUGAAUUACUUGGGUCCUCUCAUCACUUCAGUUUCUGAUUUGGAGGAAGAAAGAAGCCAUGUUCUUGCAAACCCAAGAGCAAAAUGGGCAAGUCCAUACAUUUUGUUUCAUAAAGUUCACUUCUUUGAUUAGAAGAUGUCAGUGUGUGUGUUAUGGGUAUCAAGGAAUCAAAUUUCCAGAUUUCCCACGUGCAAACUCAUGGAAUCAUCUGAAUUAUCUUAUCCUCGUCAUUCAUAAAUUGGUCUUCUGGGGUUGCCAUGCUUGACUUUUGGUCUUCAUGGUGAAAAGGGAAAACUUUAAUUUUAAAGUUGAUCAAACAGAAUUGGAAUUGAACAAUGGAAGCUCCAGUGAGGCAACAGAGCUUCAGUGAGAAGAAGAUGACUAAGCAGUUGACAGGAAAACGUGAAGACACUCCCUUGCAUUUGGCAGCAAGGCAAGGAAAUUUGGGAUUGGUCAUAGAAAUCAUCUCUAAUUGUGGGGAGGCGGAUUUGAAUGAAGUGUUGUCGAAGCAGAAUCAUUCGGGUGAAACCGCCUUAUAUGUGGCAGCUGAAUGUGGUUAUGUUGAUUUGGUGAAGGAAAUGAUGAAAUACUAUGAUAUUGGUUCAGCUGGCAUCAAAGCUAGAAAUGGCUUUGAUGCAUUUCACAUUGCUUCCAAGCAAGGGAACUUAGAGGUGCUGACGGUCCUCAUGGAGGCCAUUCCAGAACUUUCGAUGACCGUUGAUCACUCAAACAGCACAGCAUUGCACACUGCUGCAGCACAGGGCCAUAUUGAAGUAGUUAAUUUCCUCCUGGAGACCGGUUGCAGCUUGGUGUCCAUAGCACAACGCAAUGGGAAAACUGCCUUGCAUUCUGCAGCAAGGAAAGGGCAUUUGGAGGUGGUCAAGGCCCUUUUGAGUAAAGAAACUGGAAUUGCAACAAGAAAUGAUAAGAAGGGGCAGACAGCUCUCCAUAUGGCAGUCAAGGGACAGAAUGUUGAGCUGGUAAAUGAGCUAACGAAGGCAGAUCCUUCCUUGAUAAAUGUGGUCGAUAACAAGGGCAACACUGCCUUGCACAUAGCAACCCAGAAAGCUCUAGUUCAGAUUGUGCGGGUGCUGUUAAGUUAUAAGGGAGUGGCCGAAACCACCAUUAACAAAUCUGGAGAAACUGCUCUUGACACUGCUGAGAGAUCGGGGCACUCACUGAUCGCUGCUAUUCUAGUAGAGCAUGGCAUUGAAAGUGCCAAAUCCAUAAAGCCACCAACUUUAAACACAAACCGUGAACUCAAACAAACUGUAAGUGAAAUAAAACACGAGGUGCAUGACCAGCUUAAGCACACAAGACAAACACGAAAGCAAGUGCAUGGUAUGGUAAAGCGGCUCAGCAAAAUGCAUUCAGAGGGACUAAACAAUGCAAUAAACUCCACCACAGUUGUGGCUGUCCUCAUUGCCACUGUUGCCUUUGCUGCAAUAUUCACUCUCCCGGGCCAGUACCCUAAACCCCCUGAAAAAGCUCCUCCCGGAAAUAUUGCCCUCGAAGAAGUCCCUCCUGGAUACUCCCCUGGAGAAGCGAAUAUUGCCCCCAGAACAGAGUUUGUAGUCUUCUUUAUCUUUGACUCUUUUGCUCUCUUCAUAUCAUUGGCUGUUGUGGUGGUUCAAACUUCAAUUGUUGUUAUAGAGAGGAAGGCCAAGGAGAAACUGAUGACAGUCAUAAACAAGCUAAUGUGGAUGGCUUGUGUGAUGGUUUCAGUGGCAUUUCUUGCACUGUCAUGUAUAAUUGUGGGAGAAGAGAAAUGGUUGGCUGUUGGAGUAACAGCUAUAGGGACAGUGAUUAUGGGGACGACAUUGGGAACAAUGUGUUAUUGGAUGAUUGCGCAGCGAGUCGAAGCUUCUAAAAUGCGUAGCAGCACUAGGAGGUCAUCGAUGAGCAGCUGGUCACACUCACACUCGUGUUCUUUCUCGGUGAUGUCAGAUUCUGAGCUUCUCAACACUCAGUUUAAGAGCAAGAAAGUCUAUGCAAUUUGAUAGGGAUAUGUUACAUAUAAAUUGCCUGUCUCCUAAUUUGUUUUCUGGUCCCUGAUGUAUAUAAGUGAUGUAGAACAUAAUCUCAGCCAUUCUCAAUUAGGCAAGUAGAAGUUGAUGUUCUACAAGAUGGCCAGUUAAAUAUGUAAUAGCAGGGCUUUUUCUUUCAAGCAUAUUGAGAAGAUAUAUUUUCCUUGAUCCAGUUUUGUAACUUACAAAA